AUGGAGGCCAUUAAACAGCUUCCUACCUCGCAAACACUAUCAUCAUCUCCAAGAGCUCCAAUUCCCGCACCUUCUGAACUUCCAGAGCAUUAUGAUAGACUCGCCUUUUCCUACGACGAUGCGACAACGUUCCAUAAAUCGCUUGCAGAGGAAUAUGUAAAAUAUGUGAAGCCGGUUGCUGGCGAGAAGUUGUUGGAUUUAGCUUGUGGGACGGGAUUAGUAGGGUUUGCAUUAAAUUCCCACGUGCGACUUUCCUACAUUCAUGGAAUCGACAUUUCCAGCAAAAUGCUCGACAUCGCUUGUUCCAAAAUAUCUCUCCCCUCUCUUUCUGAAAGAGAAGGAACAUUCGAUAUAAUAACAAUCUGUUCCGCAUUCGUACUACUUCCAUCUCCCCUUGAAUCUUUACAUUCGUGGAUCCCUUAUCUAAAACCUGCUUCACCUACUGGCGCCUCUACUCCCGGUGGAAGAUUAGUACUCGAUAUACCCCAUCCAUCUAGCAUGAUCGGCUUAUCAAUCUUCUCCAAGUUAGCCCCCAAAUUUGGAAUCUCCGUUCUUGGACCGCGAAAUUGGAUCGGAAGCUCAGAAGGUUCGGCUUUGAAAAAUCUGAAGAAUUUGAUGCACGCCGCAGGAUUAAGAGGAGUAAAAACUUUCAAGUCAAGAAUAUUUCAUGACAUACCCGCGGCGACGCCAUUAUGUGAGGGGAUUGGAAGAAUUAUUCAUGAAGGAACGGAGGCUGAACGUCGCGAAUGGCCUGCUACACGUGAAGCUGGGAGCAAGAUAUUUGAUCUUAUGACUAAAAGACCUGGACUGCAUCAGUGGAGGGAAGGUACUGAAGAGGAAAGUAAUGAUAAAAAAGCGAGUUGGGUAUGGGAAUGGGUUCAAUUGGGAGUUAGUGAUGAGGACGGAGAGAUGUGGGUUAGAGAGGAGGGCGCAUUAAUAAUUGGUAUUGGAUGGAUGGAGUGA